AUGAGAGUUUGGCUUACUGCCAAGGCGGAGGAGGACAAGAGGCGGCAAGAAGAGGAGAGGACACGGCAGGAGGGCUACCGCCUCGAGCAGAGGAGGAUGGAGCACGAGAUCCUGAGGACCUCCCUAGAGGGAGGGAUACCGCCACCGCUGGUGCCGGUUGUCUUUGCAGGCAUGGGCGGUGGAGCGCUCUCACCGGCGGCCCUGGACUGGGCGCAGCAGUUCAUGAUGUCGCAAACCCCCCAACAACACCCCCCCGCACUGAUGCCGCCUGGGACGGUCUCCUCGGAUCCCCAAAGACGAGACUCACAGACCCAGAUGUACGCACAAUACCCGGUUUCCGGCGGCGCCGUCCCAUCCACGCCGGGCUCGGCACAGGGCCCGCCGAGCGCGUAUGCGUCUGGCUACCCUGGUUCCCCCACGAGGCCCAGAGGACUCAGCAUGCCGGGGGCGAUGGCGGGGCGAGCACUCGCCGGGGGCGGAUCAAACUUGCCCAAUCUGAACACGAGCGUCCCCGGCGGACCAGGUCAACAGCCGGGACUGGCGCAGCAUCAACAGGAACCACAGGCGUCACCGUCCAUAUACUUCCACCACUGGCAACCCCCAACGACGCAGAGUGGGGGACGGGGCGGGGCAGAGCAGCCCGCCACGCCCUCAGUAGGGGAAUCGCCACGGAAACGGAAAGCGCCAGGGCCGCAGCAGCCAGCGCCGCCGCCGUCCACAGCACUUCGACACCGAUCGCCGCCCUUUUUGCAUAGCACGGGCCUGUCAAAUCCGCCGCCCGGGCGCAGGAGAGGGCAUUCGCGGCAGAGGAGCGACCUGGGGUCAUACCGGCCCGGCCCUGGUCGGGGACGUGGGGAGAGCCUAGGCCCCGGGCGAGAGACGUCACCGAUGCACACGUCGGGGGCAAGCUCUGCGCGGGAUAACGGCGAGCCGCCCUCGUCAACCCAGCACCAAAGCCAGGCACCAUCACAAUUUGCGCCCCCACCAGCACAAGGUCCCUCCGGACGGGUUGGGGCGCAUUCGGUUUCAUCACUCCUGUCAGACAACCCGCAGUCUCCUCGGGCGACGACACACUUCGCAUCCGGGGCCCCGUCGGAAGGCCGGCAGCACCACCAGCACCACCGCCACCAAAUGCAGCAACACGCGCAGGCGCAAUUUGGCGAGAGCGAGCGGAGGCAGUCACCGCGGUCGUCGGAGGAAAAACUUCGCGGUGGUGGUGGAGCCCCGGGAUCAACAGCCACGCGACCGGGAGAUAACAGCUGA